UGGUACAUCCAAAUUGAAAAUUCACGGAAUGCAAGGCGUUGUUUGUUCCCGGAUUUGAAACACGAUCUUCACGACUCACCAUCCAAAAUUGGGACACAACAUGGAUGAUUUGGUUAAAGUCACGGAAGUCUGAUAGCUGAAAUGGCGCUAAAAAUGAGGAGUCUGAUUGGCGGAAUGAAAUUCGAGUUUUGAAAAGGUUAUAGGGACUCGACCAAUCAGGGGAUUUCUCUCACCCUGUUUCCUGUUUGUCAAUUUCGGUGCAUCUUUUAUUUAUUUAUUUAUUAUGUUGUGGAAGAAAAAAAUUUAAUAGAAGUGCAGUUGGAAUGAGGUUGUAAAUAAUAACUUUUGUGUAGAGAUUUUAGUAAUUUUUAGUUUGUUUUACGAUGGCUAACAUUCCUGAAGCGAAGAGAAAUUACGGGAUUCAUGAAGAUGGAGGUUAUGCCAAAGACUGCACCAUAGAGAAUGCAAUGCUAAAAAAAAAAUUGCAGCUGAAAACGGAAGCUGUGAUGGUUCUUAGUCAAGAACUAGAUCAAUGUAGAACUCAACGUGAUCAGUACAAAUUAAUGGCAGAACAAAUUCAGGAAAGAUUAGUCCACUUGAGGAAACAGACAAACGAGUCCUUAGAAUCAAAUAGUUUUAGGACAUUAGAUUCCUUAAUGGAAACCAGGGAACAAAAUAAAUGUCUCCGAUUACAAGUAGAAACUUUGCGGCAAAAAUUGAUGGAUUCUCAAACCGACAUCAAAAUUCUUCGAAAAAAUCGGACAUUUACUGAACAAAAGGACGCUCAUCUCGCACCAGAUGCGCAUCAAAGAGAGGAACUGAUUGAACAACUCGAGAAAUUAAAUGUCAAAUGCGGCCAAUUACAAACAGAUCUGCAGUCAGUUUUAGAUGAAAAGCACGAACUAGAAAUAGAGCGAGAUGCCUUUAAAUGUAAAGCUCAUCGUUUGAAUCACGAACUUUCAAAAGCCCUGAGUGCUUCAAAACCGGUCGAUGUUGAUUCGCUUAUCAAUGAAAAUCGAUACUUGCAAGAGAGGUUGCAACAUUUACUUGAAGAAAAAGAACUUGCGAGGCAAUCCUUAUCGAAAUAUAAGGGCAUGCUGGAUAGUAAAAGAUUGAAAGGAACGAUAAAACUUGGAGGAAAUUCGGCUGCUGGAACUGUAAUGACUCACAAGCAAGUUGAGCUGUUGCUUCAACAAGGUCCAAACAUACCGCCUCAAAAAGCUUCAGCUGCGAUAUCAGACCUUCAUUGCCUUUCUGCUGCUUUGCUAGAAGCUUUGAAUGACAAAACUCUAGCCUUAGCUCAUCAGAAAAAAGCAAACAAAAUUUUAGCGCUGAGAAUUUGUGAAUUAGACAGUGCUGUCCAAUCACCAACAAUGAAACUUUUAGAAGGAUAUACUGGGGCGGAUGUAGACAUCAGAUGCGAUGACUUUGAUUCCGAUCUCUCGACGAAACCGUGGGAUAGCGAAGACACAAGUGAACCUGAUCUCACGAAAGAAGAAAAUGUGGAAGAUUGCGAAUUUUCGAAAAAGGAGAAGUACUCGACUUUUAUACCAGCCGACUUGCCACAUAACUUGGGUGCUUUAGUUCAAAAAGCAAUGGACAAUUUAAAGGACAUUAACAAGAACAAAUCGUAAUAGAAAUAAUUUUCCAAAAACGAGUGAGUUUUUUUUCUAGUCAUUGAUGCGAAUUUUAUUUUUCUAAGUUGAGAAA